AAUGUGUUUCAAACAGGUACAAAAGACGUUGAUCAUGUUUUAAUAUUCUAGAACCCUGUUGGUUAAAGUUUCUUGAUGGUAUUUGGAGUUAUUUAGAGUCACACACACAGAGCACAUUUAUGUUUUGAUUUGAGUGAACGUCUUAUUUUUAUCGAUCGAACAUUGACCUCAUCAUUCCCUCUCUUCUAAUUGACAAAUAAUCAUAAUUGCAGGGAUGACGACCACUCGAGUUAUAAUGUCGUACCCGUGGGGUCAGAAGUGCAACAAGGACAGCUAUAUCUGCACGCUGGCCGCCGAGGUGUUGGGCGUGGCCAAGAGUGAACUGAGGGAGGAUGAGAGUGGCAGGGCGCAGGCCCUGAUGCAGCUCAGGGAAUGGAUCAAGAAGAACUACGAUAUUCAUCAUUGCAGAACUGAUGACAGCUUUUUGCUGAGAUUCCUCAGAGUGAAGAAGUUCAGCGUUCCAAUGGCACAAACAACAAUUCUGAAGUACCUCAACUUGAGACAGACGUUUCCACACCUUUGUAUGGGAUUGGACUUUCUCAAUCCAUCCGUAAAGCAACUCAUUGAAUCUGGAUACAUAUUCGCAUCCCCAAUCAGAGACAGCCAAGGCCGGAGAGUUAUAAUUGGUAUCGCAAAUAACUUCAACCCAUACAAAUACUCGAACGAAGACAUGGCCAAAGCCCACCUGGUGACCUAUGAGACGCUAUUGGAGGACGAGGAGUCUCAGAUCAUGGGCUUCACGCAUUUCGGUGAUCUCAAAGGAGUGUCAGCUGCCCACAUCACACUAUGGGGACCCACAGAAUUCGCCACCGUCAUCAAAUGGGGAGAGCAAUCGAUACCAAUGAGACACAAGGAGAUCCACUUGAUCAACGUUCCAGCUGCACUCCGCUAUGUGUAUGACUUUGCCAGAACAAGGUUCAGCCCCAAGAUGAGGAGUCGUUUCACUGUUCAUAGUUCACUUGAAGACUGUCACACCAAAUUGGACCCCAAAGUCCUACCGAAGGAAUAUGGUGGAGUCAUUCCAAUGAGUGAUAUGAUUGACAUGUGGAAGAAAGAAGUCGCCUCAAAAAGAGAGAAACUGCUGAGUCUGGACAAAAUGAAACUGCUCAACAACAAGAACAUCUCAGCGCACAACCAACUCAACAAUGCCAAAAACAAAUCGGAAAUCAUGAACCUGACUGGCAGCUUCAAGAAACUAGAAGUAGAUUGACACACAGCAGAAAAGUUACUAAUAAUUUAACAAUAGCUAUCCAGUAUUGAUUACAAUUUAUAGUAAUUUUAUUGUUGAUAUUUAAGUUAUUGAUCUAGUAUUAUGUACUAUGUACGUUGCAUUAUUCGUUACUUUUUUCAUUUCCUUCACAAUUUGAUUGUUGAGGUAGUGAUGUCACCUAGAAAGUAAGAUGGAGAUUGCACCCAGUAAUAUUAUUGUUUGAUUGUUUUAAUCUAGUGUGUAAAUUCUUCUAUGUUGUAUGUUUUUGUAUUUCGUGGCGUGUAUUGUAUCGUGGAUGUAUGUUAUUUUUAUAAAACGUUGUUAUAUUAAUGUUGUGUA